AUGGCGACUCCCUCGCAGAUACAGGCGCCGGGUCAAGAUGUCGACCGGGCUCUGGCCUCUUCGCCCGGAGCAGGAACAUCGAACUCUAGCCAAGUCUAUCCGCAAGCUGCGCUGACCGCGCUCGACCUGUACAAGAAGAAGGAUGCAUCGAAGGUCGUCGUACGCUUCAAGGCGAUAGGAAACGCUCCGAUCAUGAAGACCAAUUACUUUCGGAUCACUGCGUUCAAUCGCUUCCAGGCCGUCAUCCAGUUCCUGCGCAAGGAGCUCAACUUCAAGCCCUCCGAUGCGCUGUUCCUCUACAUCAAUGCCUCCUUCAGCCCUGCCCCGGAUGACACCGUUGGCAAUCUGUUCCGCUGCUUUGGCACCGAAGGCCAUCUGAUCGUCAACUACAGCACGACCGCUGCCUGGGGCUGA